CUUCGGCGCGACCAGCUUCACAUCCGCUGCCAUUUAGUGGUGCGACUUGUACGAGCGAAGACGUUAUUGGAAUCUCGUCGACCCGAUACCAACACAGUGUUCUGACAGAAAUCACUUGAUCUUCACUUGGAUUCAAUAAAUAACGCAGGACGUGGUUCGUUUUUUAUUGAAGGAUCUCCCUCUUUAGGCUAAGAUGAAAGUCACAUGUGAAACGGACGAUAACUGUCCCAGCUGGCAAUACUGCUACAUUUUUUCUAAUCUUUGCGUUAAUUUUACCAAGUGCGCAGCAUAUAACCGUGAGGAAGGUGCAAAUCCUGUGCGUUCCUCUUCUCAAUGUGGGCCAUGUUUAAAUGGAUUUCAGGCUGACAUUCAUAGAGAUGGUCAACAAGAAGUAUAUUGUAAGACCAUCCCGAAUCCGACAAUAGAUCCAGAACCUAAUUUGGAUCUUACAAUAUGGUAUAUUGUUAUACCGAUUUUCAUUACGAUCUUACUACUAAUUAUAACCAUAUUUGCCUACAUAUAUUUUAAAAAGCGACGUAUAUGUUCUAUUAACUCACUAAACGAAAGAGAUUGUGAAAUAGGUGAGCAAAAAAUAAUGUUUCAUCCGGAAAACACAUUUAAACCUACUGCACCACCAGAAAGACUUGACCAAUCCGUUGCAGAGAAGAAAAAAUACUGCUCACCAUUUUAUCAUAAAGGAAAUGCGAUAGUUGAUGAUAAAUCGCAAAAUGCUGUUCCUUGGCAUGAACCAAGCUGGGUCGGAAAUGCAAGCUUUUCAUCAUUAGAUGAAACAAAUAACAAUAAUGACGAAUCCUCCGCUCGACGGAACAGAGCGUCUCGAGCAUGUCGUUUACCAGCAGAAAAUCCUGAUAGUAACGAACAACGGGUGGCCCUAAUACCAGAAGAAACUGUAGAACACGAAGAUAACGCCAGAAACAUUGCAUUGAUGCAAAUCAACAGCCCUUCAUCAUCUAACGAUAACGCUGAUAAUACCAAUUUUACUACGUUUAAUGACGACCGAAAUGAGAACCAAAACGAAGACACGAACAGGAUAAUUAAUAAAACUGUGCUGAUUAAACAGAAUAUUACGAUGAAUUUGAAUAUGACAAAUGAUUAAUAAUGAAUUAUGACAGUCAAUAGUUUAUGGUUGUGAUCGAUAUUAUCGACGAUUCAUCGACAUUACAAUAUCGUAUUAAUUAGUCUCUAAAUGCCAUUAAUCUCUAAAUGCGACAAACAAAAAAAAACAUCUAUAUUUAUAUUUGUAGUAUUUAUACAUAC